ACGUUCCUCGAGCAUUACUGAUACUUUGCAUUUUAGCAUUUUGUACGUCUGUUAGCAGGAUUGAUGUCAGUCAGACCGUUAAAAAUGUCACUCAUUCUGGUCCUACAUCUUGGUUCCAAAAAAUGGUGUGCACGUGUAUGUGGAUGCAACUAUGACAAUGUUCCGGAUCGAUUUCUAUGCCUCCAUCGUCGCGAGAUACCGGCAACUCGUUUCUUUCUGCAUGCAUACUUCGGCAUCAUGUCGGGGAGGACUUCUGAAAAUGCCAGUCCAUUUGGCUACCCCACUUCGGGUAUCCGCUUCGGAUACAACUGCAAGUCGUUGCUCUUCAGGGAUUGGCUGGGAUGAAUUCCAUGUGGAUAGGAACAUGGACAUGGCCCCUCGUUAAAGGUCUACAGAAGGAAGCAACAUUUGACACCUGUUCCAUAGCAGAAACGCUGAUGACAUAGGCGUCGUUUGCAAGACGAAAGUUCGACAUGCCGUGCCUCAUAUUUUUAUAUGUUCUGGAAAACAGUCUGUGCAAGCUCCGCUAUCAGGGUGCAGACAAGAGAUUGCACUAGUCUUAAUCGUGUAUCAACUAUUUGAUGCUAACUAGCAGUACAUUCCGUCCCUUGCAUCUUUCUUGAGAAAGUGCGUUCGGCUACCACGGGCCUGGGACAUUGCAAGGUAUAAAACAAGUGCUUUGCAGCAUGAUAUUUUUCAUCACCGAAGUCACCACCUGAUACAACAUGCCUGCCCCUACGCGCACCUUCACAUUGCCCGACCUCCUCUCCAUGUGCCCCUUGAAGGGCUCUGUUAACCCUCAUUAUCAGAAGGCCGCAGCAGAGUCCUCAGCAUGGAUUAAUUCUUACAAUGUCUUCUCCGACCAGAAACGCGCAUUCUUUAUUCAAGGCAGCAAUGAACUGCUCGUCUCUCAUACUUAUCCUUACGCGGAUUAUGAGCAAUUCAGAACCUGCUGCGAUUUCGUCAACUUGCUGUUCGUCGUUGACGAGGUUAGUGAUGAUCAGAACGGCCAGGACGCCCGCAUCACCGGCAAUGUUUUUCUCCAGGCCAUGAGAUACGCGGAUUGGGAUGACGGAUCGUCUUUGUCGAAGAUGACUAAGGAGUUUAGGUCGCGUUUUCUAAAAUUUGCUAGCCCUGGCUGUUAUGAACGCUUCUUGAAGCACUCUGCCGACUACGUCGAUGCCGUUGCCCAAGAGGCCGCCAAUAGGGAGCAAGGUCACGUCCUUGACGAGAAGUCCUUCGAAGCCUUACGCCGGGAGAAUAGCGCGAUUCGCCUUUGUUUUGGUCUGUUCGAAUUCGUCUUAGGUGUCGAUCUGCCAAAUGAGGUAUUUGAAAAUUCGGAGUUCAUGAACCUGUACUGGGCUGCCGCUGAUAUGAUCUGCUGGUCAAACGACGUAUAUUCCUAUAACAUGGAGCAAGCAAAGGGUCACAAUGGCAACAAUAUAGUUACUGUGCUGAUGAUGGCGAAAGGCAUCGGCUUGCAAGCUGCAUCUGAUCUCGUGGGCGAUCGUUUCAGGGAGUUAAUGCAAUGUUUUACGCAAGGCAAGCAUGCGCUCCCUUCCUGGGGACUGGCAGUGGACAACGCCGUUGAUGCCUAUGUAAAGGCUUUGGAGCAUUGGGUUGUUGGGAACCUAGCAUGGAGCUUCGAAAGUCAGAGAUAUUUUGGGCCUGAGCACCACGAGGUCAAGAGGAGCUUGAUGGUUGUGUUAAGACCCUCAGAGAUAGCGGAUUCAAACAGCGACUGAGUGAGUUCGUAGUUACUGAGUAUGUAAUUGCAUUUGUGGGCUCCUCCUAUCUUUAGUUCCAUAUACCCCAUUGGGGGAUAUUGUUUCAAAGUGUCACUACUUCUUAGAAGAAGAUAAUGAUCAUUCGCUGGCAUCAGAACGCGGGAGAAGAUACAUAUGUUGAUUCGUUAAGAUCGCUAUCUCAAUCUGCUCUAUGGUGUGAAAACGUGUGCGCGUAGGGGUAACAAAGAAAAGGUCACGUA